AUGGUGGAAUGUGUUAUGAAAAAACGACUAUCGGUUAUUCUACAAGUGAUAUUCUGUGUAUGCCUUUUCAUCGAUUCCACAUCUGCUGCCUGCAAUGUUUGCCAAACAAAUCAAGUUGCCUGCAUUAAUUCAACAUCCUUCUAUCUCUGCUUUGGUGAAAGCGACCCCAACAUGGAUACGCUGUAUCAUUGCAUGGAAGGAUUCGAGUGCACCGAAUAUACGGCCAUCUGUCUGCAAGCCAGUGCAACACGUGCGCCAAGUUGCGGCUCCACUUCACUCUGCGGACAAUGUACAGCUCAGAGCAAUGCCCUCUUCGCUUGCAUGAGUCGCUCGACCUUCCAAAUGUGCUAUGGCGGCUUACAUCCCACCGGCCAACUGGGCUAUUGCCCCAGUGGAUUUGUUUGCGAUGCAACCAGCGAUGCGGUUUGUGUAAGUGAGGCGGCAUCGCCCACUGUCACCUGCGAUGUGGUUGAUCCCACUGAGUCGACCACCUCAAGCACAACAACUUCAAGCACAACUACUUCAAGCACAACCACAACCACUGCCAGUUCAACCUCAUCAAGUUCCACCACGGAAAGUUCCACUACUACACGCCCAUUGACACCAAAUGAGGUUUGUGCACAAAAAACAACGACUGGUCUCUAUCCGACGGUGCCAGAGGAUCCAUAUUGCAAAAGAUACAUCUAUUGCCGUCGCAGUAGUGGUGUUAUGAGUGGUAUCGAGUAUACGUGCGCAACGAGCACCUACUACAACGUGGAGAACGCAGUGUGCACCAUUUACAAGCCAGCUAAUUGCAUUUGA